CCUACCUAUGCCGAAGUCGAAAUCCUUCCCUACAUCAUUGGAUCUGUCUUUUCGCUUGUCGACAUUCUUCUCCGACAACCACCACCUCUACCACCACGACUUGCGCUGCUGAUUACGGGUUCACGAGGAGGAUAGUUUUUGAUCGCCGACGACGAGAUGUCGGGUUUGAGGAUCCUUGUGCCGGUCAAGCGGGUCAUUGACUAUGCGGUCAAACCACGAGUGAACAAAGCCGGCACCGGCGUCGAGACCAACGUCAAACACUCCAUGAACCCCUUCGACGAGCUCUCCAUCGAAGAAGCCGUCCGGAUCCGCGAGAACAAAACCAAAACCAACCCGGCCGUCGACGACAUCCUCGCCUUCUCCGCCGGGCCCAGUAAAUCCCAGGACAUCCUCCGGACCGCGCUCGCCAUGGGCGCCGACCGCGCCAUCCACGUCGUCGAGGAGAAGACCGAGCUCGAACCCCUCACCAUCGCCAAGCUCCUCGCCGCCGUCACCAAGCAGGAGGACCGCAACCUCGUCAUCCUUGGCAAGCAGUCCAUCGACGACGACAGCGGCCAGACGGGCCAGAUGCUCGCCGGCCUCCUCGGCUGGCCGCAGGCGACCCAGGCGAGCAAGGUGGAGAUCUCCUCGGACGGCAAAUCCGCCACCGUCACCCGCGAAGUCGACGGCGGCGUCGAGACGCUCAAAUCCCCGCUCCCCAUGGUCGUCACGACCGACCUGCGCCUCAACGAGCCCCGCUACGCCACCCUGCCCAGCAUCAUGAAGGCGAAGAAGAAGCCGCUGGAAAAGAAGACGCUGGCGGACUACGGCGUCGACGGCGCGCUGCGGCUGAAGACGCUCAAGGUCGCCGAACCCCCGGCGCGACAGGGCGGUGGCAAGGUCGAGGAUGUGGACGGGUUGAUCGCGAAGCUGAAGGAGCUGGGCGCGAUUUGAAACCCGCGGACGACCAAGAGGAGGAGCGCAC